UCCUUAAAUUCCUCACAUAAGCCUUAGUUAAUGUAUUUUUCAUUUUAAUAUUGCUGGACUUGACUUGAUCAGAUUUUAUUUAGGAUUUUCAAAAUCUUAGUUAAGAAGUGUUCAGGUUCCAUUUUCUUGUGUGCCGUCUCUUAUCAGGUUUUGUGGAUCUAAUUUUUCAUUAAUUGUGUUGAUUUAAGGAGCAGGCCGGGAGGGAGAAGUAGACAUGCUGAAGGAGCUCCAGCUCUCCCUGUCGGUCAUCCUGCUGCUUGCUUGUGUCUUCUUCUACCAGCUCACCCUGAAGUCCGUCUGCCUCUUCUCCUGCCUGCCUCCCUCCAAGUCCCAGCAGGGGCUGGAAGCCCUCCUGAGCCAUGGGCGCAGCAUCGUGUUCCUGGAGACCUCAGAGAGAAUGGAGCCAUCGCCCCUGGUCUCCUGCGCUGUGGAGUCUGCUGCCAAGAUUUAUCCAGAGCGGCCUGUGGUGUUGUUUAUGAAGGGUCUCAACAAUUCCACGCAGCUGCCCACCAACUCCACCUACCGAGCCCUUUCCCUUCUCUCAGCAAUAGACAAUGUUUUCCUCUUCCCUCUGGAUAUGGAAAGGCUGUUUGAAGACACGCCAUUGCUUUCAUGGUACUCUCAAAUCAGUGCCAGUACUGAGAGACACUGGCUCCACGUCAGCUCAGAUGCGUGCCGUCUCGCCAUCAUCUGGAAGUAUGGCGGCAUCUACAUGGACACCGAUGUCAUUUCCAUCAGGCCCAUCCCUGAGGAGAACUUCUUGGCUGCACAGUCUUCUCAUUACUCUAGCAACGGGGUAUUUGGAUUCCUGCCCCGCCACCCUUUCCUGUGGGAGUGCAUGGAAAACUUUGUUGAACACUACAAUUCGGACAUUUGGGGCAACCAGGGUCCCAAUUUGAUGACAAGAAUGUUGAAACUGUGGUGCAAACUCAGAGACUUCCAGGAGGUGAGCGACCUCGGGUGUCAGAACUUGUCCUUCCUACAUCCCCACAGAUUUUACCCCAUCUCCUAUCCACAGUGGAGGCGCUACUAUGAAGUCUGGGACCCAGAACCGAGCUUCAACUACUCCUAUGCCCUGCACCUGUGGAACUACAUGAAUCAUAACAAGAAGGUCGUGGUCAGAGGGAGCAACACACUGGUGGAAAAUCUCUACCGUAAGCACUGUCCCAGGACUUACAGAUACCUGAUUCAAUGCCCAGAGGGGCUGGUGACUGGCAUGCCAGGGCCAGGUAACAAAUAGAGCCAGCCCUGGGGUGUUGCUGACGUGGUGUGGAACUGGACUUUCCUGGAGUGCCACACUUUCACUUCAUCUCCACUUCCCCAGGGGUGUGGAGCUUGCCCACCUAUCAGUUAGGAUUACCUUUGUCUGUCUAUAAUAGAAAAAUCCCAAAGACCAUUGGUAUGUAAAAUAUAGACAUUUAAUUAUCUCUCAUAUACAUGAAGUCUGAAGGCAGACAAUUCAGGGUGGGUAUGGUGACUGCAGUCAUCAGGGACCUAGGAUUCUUGCAUCUCUCCAAGUGUCAUCCUUAGUGCCAGUAACCCACCCAUGGUCAAUAUGGCUUUUGAUCAGCCCAUCGUGUCUGCAUUUCAAGCAAAAGGAUGAAGGAAGGAGAAAUGUGUACCUCUUUUAUUUUAUGAAGCCUUCCAGCAAGUACCAUAUAACACUUCCCCUUACAUCUCACUGGCCAGACUGUAGCUGCAAGAGAGGCUAGGAAAUUUAAGGAGGAAAUGAAAAUGGGAUAGGCAGCUAAUAGUUUUGCUCAUGUUAAAUUUAUUUCUGUAAGAUUAAUUUCAGGGUCUUUUAGAGAAUGGACUGGGAAAGAAAGAGAAUUGAUUUCUAACCUGAUUUUGAUAUACAUUAAUACAUUCAGUCAAUAAAUAUUAACUGAG